UGUGUGUGUGUGUGUGUGUGUGUGCAGCCCUGCGGUCACUCACUUUCUCUCCGCGCACCGGGCAGGAUCCCCAUGGCCAGCCGGAUAAUCACACACACACACACACACACACACACACACACACACACACACACACACACACACACACACACACACACGUUAAAUAAAUGCUCAGCUUUUACACGGCUUUCCUAAGGGCGACGGCGCAGAGAUGUUGCGGGGAACCGGACGCUUCUCCGGGCUGCUGCUGUUUGCGCUCCUGCUGCUGGAGACCGCGGCUGUACCCGCCCGGAGACCCGAGGAAGAAGCUCUCAUGUCUGGUGUUUUGAUGAUUGGGAUUCACAAAGACGCCCGCUCCCAUGUGCUUCACCUUUCCAGAAACAAACGCUACACGCUGACGCCGGAGAAACUCAAGUGGGACAAUUUCAAGAUGACCUACAAAUUGUUGUCUUUUCCGAGGAAUCUGUUGAACGCCACUGACACGAGGAGAGGGAUCUCCAAGGCCUUCUCCAUGUGGAGCGACGUCUCGCCCUUCAGCUUUCGCGAAGUUCCUUCUGACCAAGAGGCCGACAUCAAAAUCGGUUUUUACUCUGUUAACCACACGGACUGUCUGCACUCUCACCUGCACCACUGUUUCGAUGGCAUCACUGGAGAGCUGGCACACGCUUUCUUCCCCCAGACCGGAGAAAUACACUUCGAUGAUGACGAGUACUGGAUCCUGGGGAACAUGCGCUUCAGCUGGAACAAAGGAGUGUGGUUGACAGAUCUGGUGCAUGUUGCUGCUCAUGAGAUUGGCCAUGUGCUGGGUUUGAUGCACUCCCAGAACCCCAAGGCUUUAAUGCACCUGAACGCCACGCUGACGGGCCGCAAACUCAUCACUCAAGACGAGGUCUGGGGUUUACACCGACUCUACGGGUGUUUGGAUCGGUUCUUCAUCUGUCCUUCAUGGGCCAGGAAAGGAUACUGCGACAGCAAGAGGAAGCUGAUGCAGAAACACUGCCCGUCCAGCUGCGACUUCUGUUACGAGUUCCCGUUUCCCACCGCACGGCCGACCACAGCGCCACCGCGGACCAAACACAAGUUUGUUGUGGAGGGGAAAAACCUCACCUUCCGCUGUGGUAAGAAGAUAGCAGCCAAGAAAGGCAAAAUCUACUGGUAUAAAGACGGCGAGCUGCUGGAGUUUUCUCACCCCGGCUACAUUUCUCUGAAGGACGACCACAUCACUAUAGUGGCGAACGCCAUCAACGAGGGCACGUACACCUGCAUCGUCAAGAAGAAGAACAAAGUGCUGACCACGUACUCCUGGAGGGUACGAGUGCGCUUCUGAAGACCACUACACCACAGAAGCUGCUGACCCCCAUCUGCAGUGCGGAAGUCAACACCAUUCUGAGAUCAGUCUAGAGCUUAUCGGGAGACAGGACGAGGGCUGUGUCCAAAAUCACCCCCAUAUCCUUAACCCUUGAGUACUGUUCAGAUUUACUCCCCUUUCGUUAGGACUCAUGUUGCCUCUUAAUCCCAACAGGGAAAACCAGCAGCAAUGAAGGAUGCAGGAUGAUCUGCUGUCCUGGCUAUCAAUAAAUGUGCUUAUAAUGGAAGUCAAUGGAGCAGAAACAUCACCAAAGGGGAGUCCAUCUGAACAGCGUGUGUAUUGUCAAGUACAUUUUCAAAGCAUUUUCUCAAAAUAUGCGUGAACAUUAAAAGCUGUGCUAGGGUAUAGGGGGGUGGUUUCGGAUACAGCACUAGCUCAGCAUCCUGCCUCCUGAUUGGAGGAGGAUGUGACAUCAUAACUCUGCAUCUCAGAGCAGACAUCGGGGUACAGUGGAUAAAACUAUUAUUAUUAUUCUUUAAUUAAAUCACUCACUCGGGCACAUAUUAUUGUCAGUUCACACAUACAUGUGGACAAACGGUCUAAUAUCAGGGUUUAUGUGUUUUAUAAAUGCAUUUCUUACUUGCCAAAUAAAACAGUUUGUUGUUA